GUGCCUGCCGUGUGAACAGUUUGUUUAAGAUAUGAAAUGCCACGGAGAGGCGAGAUUCUCAACGCUUCAAUGCUCCUUGGUAUGUCGCUCUACCGGACGGAACAAUGGGCAAAUUCUGGCAUCGCUCCCGAUUCCCUUCUCGCCGUCUCAAACCGGACCGUUCGCAUUCUGAAGCCCAGCGGAUCUUCCCGAACCGCCCACCGGAGAUCUUGUACUUAAAGUUCACCGGUCCCUUGGUCCGGGCACCACUCGUGUUCCCGAGUACCACUCGUGUUCCCGAGUACUGAGACUCCCAUCCGGGUCGACAAUGUCCUACUCCUCGUUUUCGAGCCAAAGCUACGCGGCAGCCGGGCGCAAGUCCGGCUCCGUGAUCCUGGGCGGCUCGUCCCGCACGGUGAGGAGCAGCGUGGCGGGCGGCUCGGUCAGACCCCGACGCGCGAUCAGCGUCCACAACGCCUCGACCCGGCACAGCCGCAUCUCCACCUCCGGCUAUGGCUUGGUCAAAGGCGGCGGCUACAGCGGGGGGUUCCACUCGGGCGGCUAUGGCGGGGGGUUCCACUCGGGCGGCUACAGCGGCGGGUUCCACUCGGGCGGCUACGGCUCGACUAUGUUGGAGCCGUUCGCCAUCAACGAGAAGCUGACUAUGCAGAACCUGAACGACCGCCUGGCCGGUUACCUGGCGAAGGUGCGCGCCCUGGAAAAGUCCAACAGCCAGCUGGAGCUCCAGAUCCGGGAGUACUACGAGAAGAGGGCUCCCACCACCACCAAAGACCUGGGCGCCUACUGGAAGACCAUUCAGGACCUCCGAGCCCAGAUCAACGCCGUCUCGCUGGCCAACGCCAAGGUCCUACUGCAGAUCGACAACGCGAAACUGGCCGCAGACGACUUCAGAACCAAGUACGAAUCGGAGCUGGCCAUCAGGCGCGGGGUGGAGAUGGACAUCAGCGGGCUGCGCAAAGUCCUCGAUGAGCUGACGGUCACCCGGUCCGACCUGGAGUCCCAGAUCCAAGUGAUGAAGGAGGAGCAGAUGUACAUGAAGAAGAACCACGAGGAGGAGCUGAAAUCUCUGCGUAGUCAGCUGCGCGGCAACGUGACGGUGGACGUGGACGCCGCCCCGGGGACGGAUCUGACCAAGGUCCUGGCGGAAAUGAGGGAGAAGUACGAAAUCAUGGCAGCCAAGAACCAGAAGGAGGCGGAGGACUGGUUCAGGGAACAGUCGGACUCCCUCCAGCAGACCGUGGUGACCAACACCCAGAUGGCGGACACGGAGAAACAUCAGCUGAACGAGCACAGGCGCGUCCUGCAGGCCACGGAGAUCGACCUCCAGACGAUGCUGAGUGUGAAAUCGUCCUUGGAAGAGAACCUCCAGGACAUAGAGGUGGGCUACGCUGAGAAGCUCUACCACCUCCAGGACCUGCUGGAGCAGCGGGAGGCCGAGCUGGCCCAGAUCCGGGCCGACUCGCGGAGGCAGUGCCAAGAGUACGCACAGCUGCUGGACAUCAAAACCCGGCUGGAGAUGGAGAUCGCCACGUACCGUCGCCUGCUGGAAGGAGAGGACAUCAGCUACUCCACUGAGAUCCAAACCGUAGAAACGAUCAAGGAACCGGAGGUGGUUACCAAAACGAAGGUCAUCACUAUAACUGAAACACUCGUUGAUGGGCAGGUGGUCGAGUCUCAUCAGGAGGUUAAGGAGGCAACCGCUUAAAGGAGACAACCCUUUAACCGACCUCUUCUCACCCGGUUGUGAUAAACUUCAGAAGACAUAAACGCCAUUAGCCUACAAAUUAUGACUUGCUUCUUGGGAUUCUGCUGGCCUUAAAUAAAGUAGUUUCUGCUGAUUGAUUAAAC